UGCUGAGCGGAGGAGGCGCGCAGGAGGGGCUGCUGGAUCUUCACUAAAUCUCGCGCUGUAACGAGCGCAAGAGGAGCAAAACCAGAACAUUUCCCUGGCAAAAAAAAACCCUAAAACACCGUAAUGCCUCCUAUACGGUGGAUUUGUGUCCUGUCAUCUUUGAAAACAUCGUUUUGAGGGGAAAUAAACCGUGCGAAUCGGACAUUUUGUAUUUCUCGGCUCGCGAGCGCGCUCAGUCCUACAAAGUGAAUAUCAAACGGCUUCUGGGAAGGGACGAGGUUGGGAUAAGUGAAGGCAAGACGUCGACAAAACCACCAUGGCUUGGCCCUGUAUCUCCAGAGCCUGCUGUAUGGCUCGGUUCUGGAGUCAGCUGGACAAGGCCGACAUUGCGGUGCCGUUGGUUUUUACCAAAUACUCAGACGUGUCCGAAAUGCAGCAUCUCCACCUGCAGCAGCCCGUGCAGAAGAUCGCGAUUGAAACACAGCCGCUUCAUAAUGACCACGACCCGGUGACCAGAGCACCUCAUGCCAGCCACGACGAGCACUCCUUCGGCUCUGUGAUGCGACAGGACUUUAAACACUGGAAAGUUCGUCCGGAGCCCAGCUGUAAGCCCAAGAACGAGUACCACGGCCCUGAGGUUCCCUUUAACACCGAGACCCAGUAUCAGAAGGACUUCAAACCCUGGCCUAUCCCAAAGAAGGGAGAUCACCCAUGGAUCCCCAAACCCUCUCCGAGCAUCUCAGCGGGCAAACACAGCAGCCCGGAGAUGAUGAUGGACAGCGGCGUGGAGAAGAGUGAGAUUGCUGAUAAGGUGCCAGAGAAGGAGAUUCUGUCCAGUGAAAGGAAAAAGAGGCAGGUGAAGAAAGUGGCAGUGGUUUCUGAAAACAACGCAAAGGUGAAGUUGGAUGGGGAUGCCAGUGCUGUGGAGGGGAAAGGAAGGGCGGCUGUGGAUGCCCUCAAUCAGCAGAUCAAGCGAGAAGUUUCCUCUGGAAGCUCCUACAGGACUGAGUUCAAAGCCUACACAGACGUGAAACCUGUGAAGCUCAUCAGGGCCAAGUCUCAAUAUAAGCCUCCUGAUGAUAAGACUGACCUGGAGACCAGCUACAGCGCCACCUACAGGGCCUAUCAGUCUAGUCAGCAGCCAGACGACAACAAGGCCCUGGAGAGGAGGAGGAUACGCACACUGUACCACGAACCCUACAGAGAGAGCAGUAAGGUGGAGAAAACCAGUCUUCCUCGCUCCAAACCGAAAAAGAGCUCCUCCACAUCCGCCACACCUGGGAAAUCUCUGAAAAAGUCCAAGGAGAAGCAGGCGACGUCGGUGCGCGGCUCCAAGAAGAAGGGCUCCGAGAACCAGCCGGAGAGCAGAGCGGCGCAGGGCGACAAGGAGAAAAGUAAAGAGAUCAACAACAAACUGGCUGAGGCGAAAGAGGUUAUGCUAAAACAGUACCACUACAUUCAGCUCUGUCAGCCCAUCCGCGAUAUUGGUUGGGUGCAGACACUAAAGCAACACCUGUGGCGCUGUGCACUGCCCGACCCAAGAGAAUGUGAGUCUGGCGUCGGACGAGUCAGCGAUUAUUAUUCCGCGGGUACCUCUGGAGGAGAACCACUGGUGGAACGACCAGAACCACGGAGUCGGGGAGUAGUUCGCUUCGCUCCGGACGUCAAGUACUGACACCAAAAAAAGCACACCAGACAGACCAGGGCAGGCAGCUAUAGACAACAACAAUGAAGUCAUAUUUUAGGACAUAUUUUUGCAGACUGAGAGAAAUGUGUGGAGUUUAAACAAAGUACUGUAUGUGUAAAUAUAUAGAUGUCAUAGAUUAUUAUGACUGAAUUCUGAGCUUCCCAAAUGAGAUGAACACCCAUGAACGAAAAGUACCUGCGCUCCCAGACUGUUUGCGACCACUGAAACGGUGCUAUAAAUGUAUUUUCUGUUUCAUGCUCUUUCUCCAAACGUACAAUGUUGCCAUGAUGAUCAUCUAGAGUAGCAAAUAUCAUGUCAUUAAGUGCUUCCUUAA